CUUGUUUCAACGCGUCCAAGUUUGUCGUGUUCUUUUACAUUUCUUUUAAUAGACUUUAAAAACUAUUUUUUCAGUUUAAUUACUUGGACAAUUGACAACAAGGGUUAUGCCUUCACAACAACAAGGUAGACCUGUGCCUCUUGCUCAUACAAGAGCAUUUAUACCAUCCUCAACUAUCGAUUUCCCCACUCAACGUCGCUGGGCUGUAUCUAUAUUCGUCUUGUUACAAGCAUGGAAAACCACUGAUUUAUUUACAGUCUAUCAAGCUGCUUAUCCAGAGCAAUAUAGUGGCAUCUUUUUCAAAUGGUUCUUGAUUGAUGCUAUAUACAUGAUUGCUCUGUAUAUUGCAAAGAUUCCAUGGUUACAAUUCUCAGCUCUCAAAACCAUUUUCCUUACUGUGCUUUUAUUUUGGAUAGAUCUGAUUCUAUUUUCUGUUCCUAGCGUUGGAUUGACUGGUAUUCUCUUUAAAAACUUUUUUGGUGAUGUUAUUGGACAACAGAUUGGUGUAUCUUCAGCUAGAAUGGUGAAUGUAAAGGAUAUUGUACAAAACUCCUCGCACAUCUUGGGUAGACACGCAGUUCAUAUUCUUCCCUAUGGUACUGCAAAAUUAAACGCCAACAAUGACUUUUAUUGUAUAUCUCCUGACGGCUCAAACAACCAACUUGUCUAUAUACCCAUCAUCUUGAACAACACAGUACCAAAAUCGGUCUCACUUGCUCGAUAUGAGUUUGACACCAAUGAAAAGACGGUCAAGGAAUACAAAGGUCGCGAAAUACAACGAGCUACAGAGAUCUCUCAGGCAAAGGAAGGACUUCAGUAUUACUACAUCAAGCUGACAAAGCCUGGUGUUUACAAGUUGGAACAAAUCAUUUCGACAGAUAAUGUGGAUGUUCGACUGUAUGAUCGACUAUUGUUCAUCUUUACGUGUCCUUCAGCUAAAUUUAAGCCCAUCAAACACGCAGAGUACUGUACCGAAGACCAGGAAACACUCGAGAUUGAUGUCUCUGGUGUACCUCCUUUCAAGAUUGAGUAUCAACGUAGCACAAAGGCUGGUCAACAAACAAAUCUUAAAUUAGAACGCAUUCAACCUGAAGACUAUACCUCUCCUCUUCAACGACUUCCUAAUGGGCUACUUUCAGCUGAUCCAUCUUUCUUUUCGUCUAGAAAGCAUAGUGAUUACCGAUGGGGCGCAGUACAGCAAGUGACAAUUCCUUUGAAUUUGACAUUCCAUUCGGCCGUGGAUCAAGAGUAUCGUCUCUCUCGUCUUGUUGACGGUGCUGGUAACGAGGUCGACUUGAAGCAUGCAACAGAACAGACAUUCUCUGUCCGUCCACGUCCUACUGUCAAAUUCGAAUGCAGUCAGACAGAUCCGAUCAACCUGUUGAUUGGAGCCAAACACGCUGAACUGCCUUUGAAUCUUCAAGGCACAGCACCCUUUACCUUGAGUUAUACAGAUUCAAAUGAUGCCGAUUUGCACACAACUAAACUCAAAAGCUCUGAUGAUAAAAUCCGUGUCAACGCUCCUGGGGAAUAUAACCUUGUAUCAAUUGAAGACAAGUACUGCAAAGGCCACGUCAAGCUUCCUUCUGUCUGUCAAGUCGUUCAACCACCUCAUCCAUCCGUCAAGCUGACUUCAACGCCUAUUGCUUCCGAAUGUGCUGGUGACAGCGAAGUGGGCAUGAAGUUUGUUGCCGAAUUGUCAGGCACCCCUCCCUAUCACCUCGAGUACACUAUUUCCAAGUUUUCGGGACAUCAUAAGCGAGUGCUGGUUGACAGAAAGGUGGAAAAGGUCGACCGUUCGCGUCACAUCUUUUCGUACUUGCCAGAAUCAAGUGGUGAGUACAUCUACGAAUUCAAGACAUUGGCCGACAAGUUAUACAAGGGCCUUCCUGCCGGAAUCGAUCCAAUCUAUCAAGUGGUUCGUCCUCAACCUGAUGCUCGAUUCAAGGGCCACCGCCAAUCACACAAGGCACGUACAUGUUUGGGUCAAGACCUUAGUCUAGAUGUUGAAUUAUCCGGUGACGGACCAUUUGAACUGGCCUGGACAGUGGGUGAUCAAUUGUACUCUGAUGUAGCCGAAAACAAGAAAUAUACCAUCAAAUUACCUCCCUUUGAUCAGCCUGGUCAUUUUGUUGUUUCGCUGGUUAGAAUCAAGGAUAUCAACAUGUGUACCAAGGAACUCGAAGCGCGUGAUUUUACUAUUGAUGUUCGUCAUGAUCGUCCUACGGCCUCCUUUGCGGGCGAAGAGAAAGCGGUUGCGGUGACAGAAGGGUCCACUGCUCAGUUGCCUCUCCGAUUGACUGGAGAGGGUCCAUGGUCUGUCGUGUACUAUAAUGUUGAAAAGGGCGAGCACAGCAAGGUUCGCAAAGUGUUUAAAGACCCUAAUGCAGAAAUUGAAGUACGAAGCGUUGGUCACUAUGCCCUUGCACAUGUGGAAGAUAGUGUUUGUCCUGGUGAUGUGUCAGGUGCGCAGUAUGAGGUCAAAUGGAUCGACAAACCUGUGAUCACAAUCGCAGAAGGACAGACGGAACAGGUCUCCAGCUCGGUGUACGAACGACCUGCAGUCUGUCAGGGUGAUCAUGACUCGAUCGACAUCCUCUUUUCUGGCCAAGGACCCUUCUAUUGCUCUUAUGAAGAACAAUAUCAAGCGCCACGCAAGAGAUACUUUGAAAAAUUAGGAACUGAAGAGAUCACGACUGGUCUUGGCCGUGUUCAUUUACCGCUAAAGACAAAUCAAGGCGGAAAGUAUCGAUAUGUGUUUGACCGACUUGCCGAUCAACGUUACUCAGACCCUUUCAAGAUCCGUAACCUGGAAGUCCAUCAGACAGUACAUUCGAAUCCCACGGUGAAAUUCACAUCUCGUACGACUCGCAACAGCUACUCUUUGUGUGUGGGUGACAAUUUGAUGUUUGAUAAGGCACAGCCCUUGGAGAUUGAGCUGACAGGUCAGGCGCCAUUUACAGUUGAGCUAGGCAUCCGUCAUCAGUCUGAUCUGAACGGACGAGUGAUCACUUUAUCGGACAUCAUGACCGAACGUUACGAGAUCCGAUUGCCCGAUGAGCUCGAGACAGCUGGAGACUACCAUCUGCAGCUUCUUCGUGUGAAGGAUGCAAAUGGCUGUGGCACUGCUGUGACCGAAACAGAACAUACGCAUAUCAAGCUGAGCGCAUUGGACAUUGCUACCAUCACACCUAUUGAAGUAUGUAGCGACUCUUGUGUAGGGGAUAAUCUUGAGUUCUCUCUGUCUGGUGUUGCACCAUUUACAAUCUCGUAUCUCUUUAAUGGUAAAACCGAAUACGUAAAGUCCACCACUCCCCGACUCUCGAUGAUUGCCGAUAAACCUGGUAACUUGACGAUCCUCUCUGUGGGCGAUAAAAGAAACAAGUGUCGCUCGUUCCCCAAGGACAUGUCUCGUAUCAUUCAUGAGGUACCUUCCUCUCGUGUGAGCGGUGGUCGAGAAAUUCUUGAAAACAUUCGUGAAGGCGACAUGGUUCAAGCUGUGGUUGACUUGAUUGGUACACCACCCUUUGACUUUGAAUGGCGCAGAAAUGAGCUCAUUUGGGAUGAGCAAAGGAAGCGUCAUUUCAAGGGCAAAGUAUUAGAGAGCCAUUUGGUAUAUGAUGUACAAGAACAUCAGUAUGUUAUCAAUACGUCCGUGGAGGGUAUUAUUGAGGUUGUGAGUAUUAAAGAUCGAUACUGUCAGUACCCUCGUCACCAUUAGAAGCAAGAAGAAAGACGCGCAUGUUGUGUAAAUAAAAAAAAAUAUAUAAUAAAGACUUUUUUAAAAGAAAAAUCAAACGUUU